GACCACAAGCUGUCACAUCGCGGAGUAGUGGAUUGUCUUGCGUGUGCUUUGCGGGAAAGCGGCGGCAAAGUUCAACGAAAUGGGCACGGAACGUCUGUUGACGGCCGCGGUGUUGUUUGCGUGCAUUGCGAUUGAAAUAUCCGCCGAUUCGUACGUGUCGGAGCCUUCGCUAGGCGUCUCGUUUGAAUUCAAGCUCCAUGUGGACGCCGGUAAAGAGGAGUGUUUUUAUCAGAACGUUGAGGCCGGAUCGUCGGUCUACGUGGCCUACCAGGUUCUAAGAGGUGGCGAUGGUCAAGCCGGCUUUGCAGUAAGACACCCCAAUGGCAAUCAUGUACUACCCUAUCAGUGGAGGCCUUCGGCUGAAUAUGAAGAAACAACCUCGACUGGAGGAUACUACGAGCUGUGCAUUGAUAACUCCAUGUCCCACUUUGCUGCCAAGCUUGUCAGCCUCUAUUUCAAUUCCUUCAAGAGGGACAAAUGGGAGUCGUAUGUACAGGAGCUCGAGUCCCUAGGUGUCACAGUGGCCAACUUCACCGACACCUUGCAGAAGGUAGACGGUCAGGUGGGUGAGAUGCUGAAGUACCAGGACCAGAACAGGAGGCACCUAUCACGAGACUGGUACAUUGUGGAUGGCAACAACCGCUACGUCCAGUACUGGUCCCUUGCCCAGUGCAUCGUCAUCAUGGCCACUUCAGCACUGCAGGUGUACUUUGUGCGGAAGCUGUUCGAGGUGAAGAAUGUCACACCGACAUUCAAGCCACGGGCAUGAGCCCGUGACGGUUGAGCCUCUCAUUGUGUGGGAACAUGGUACGUGACGUACAUUGGCUCCUCUCAACGUGGUCAGCAGCCAGUUCCAUGCGUUUCUUUCCGUUGCUGGCAUCGUAACAUAACAGACGAGAAAGCUUUUUUAGAGCGAGUGACUUGUCUGCCUUGGCUAAAAUUUUUCAGUCGUGUGCAUCUCGGAAUAUACCAAAUGAAGGGACCCUUCUGGCGGGAAAGAGUGGAAAGGCUAUUGGCCUCGUGCUCCUACUCGUCAUUUUUAUACAAGACAUCGCGCAACCUCGUGUUGAACUAAACUGAAAAGGCAAACGGUGUGCGUAUGUGUGUGCCGAGUCGACACGACCUGUUACCCUUUAGGUUGUCUUGUGUGUGCUUGUGUGUGUUUGAAAAGUCUGCAAAAGUUAGUGUGAGUGCUAACUUUUAGAUCUUGUGGUUCUUAAUGCUAACACUUUAAAGAACCACAAAAUCGCGCCGCUUGUGGUUCUUAAAGCGAGCAACAUCAGCGAAGAAUCCGGACCAUAUUUUUUGUAUGCGCCACUUGCUCCCUGUACACCAAAGCAUGUGCAAUGAGAAGUGAUGGUCUAUACCAGCCCCCCACACUCUUGGAUGUUGCUCUGCUCGAUUUGCUAUUUUGACUUCCGAGAACAGAGGGCAGUGCUUAUCCUUGACUGAAGUACUAGUCUCCCCGCUUCACUUACUCUUCUCCGUGAUUUGAUUCCCACAAUGAGAUGUUCCAUCAUCACUGAAGGACUCCACCAAUCAAGUGCCUUUGAUGAGGCACUGAAAGUGACAUCUAAUGAAGUUACAGCUCAGAAAUUCGUGAAGAUUGUUAGCAAAGCACAGAGACUUACAUCAAGUUGGGGGUCGGCUCUGUUCUGAACACCCAAACGCCGAGGCAUGGCAUCAAGUGGAGGAAAGUCAUAGCACACGAGCGCAUGCGGCCAGGCUUGGAACUUUUCUUUUAGAUCGAGCAGUGGUAAACUUCCUUUUUCCUUGAUGCAACUUACGCUUUUUGCUACAUUGUUCCAGAGAGCAUGAAACCGAGUUGCAGAAAUGAGUAGUUCCUGGGAUCUCGCAAGUGUUGUCCAGUUAUCUCAGCGUGGCGAGUGGUUCUCAAUAUGUCAUGGCGCGGCUUCAACGCACUUUGCUGCCUGGUUUAUUGAGAGGCAAGAUUUUCACGACUAAUGCGCGGUGUAGAUUUACCCUGUAGACGAGCAAAAGAUGCGUAACAGCGAGCUUCCAUAAUACCCGAAAAUGGUGGAUAUUUAAGUGCACCAUUUUCUUCUAAAUGUUCACUGUCUCACCCGUACAUAUUAUUAGAGCUAUGUUAACUCCAUACCUGCCUAAAUAUAUUCACAACAAGAUGGACCAGAAUUUUAGAAACAGAAGACACUCAUGAGCUCAGGUAGUAUUAGUCUGGACAGGUCUUCUGUAAAUCGCUAUGGAUGUUCACGUUCACUUUGUUGAGAAAGAAGUUGGGCUAAAUCAUAAUGCACUCUGUUCCUUGUCCUGUCUGUCAACGAUCUGUCUGCGUCAGUCUUUUCUAUAGACGCUUUGCGCUUCUGGAAUACCACAAACAUUUUAAAGUUUUACCAUGAGAACCAGCAUGGUAAGCCAGAAAAGAGGAAAAAAAAAGGGAUGGUGACACAGCCUUGAUAUUUCCACAAACUACAUUGUAAACUGUGACAGCGCCUCUGCAGUUCUGUCUAAUCAUUUAUCGAUGAACAAGGAUUGCAUUGCAUAUUAAAAGAACCAAAGGCUAGACUUACAAAGCUUUGACAGUGUUUCAUAUGUAAAAAUGACUCAAAGUGUGCAAAAAUACUUUGGGAAUUCCGUGGCAUCCGUGGCAAAUUCCGUGCUGGCUCUGUGCUUUACAAGCAAAAUUAAAAAAUGGAAACAUUGGUGCGCAUUUUAUCCAUUAGUUACAAAAUGUUUUUUUUUUUUUUGCCAAAUAAACGUAAUAUUUAGACUCAAGAAUGCUUUGCCAGGCUGAAAUGAUUUAGUGUUAGCCUUUAGUGUCCCUUUCUGCGGGAUACUCCUUAAGAGGAAGCUUUAGCUCGGUAGCUCCCAUCUAAGUACGAGGGACGAAGUAAGUUUUGUCAUUUUUUCGAAAGAGAAGAUGGUACACAGGGUGAAACAAACAAUCGCCAUAAGAAUCCACGCCGGCAGACCGGCAUGCCCGAGGUUACAAGAGUAGAAAUCACGAUGGCAGACAGACGUGUGCUGACAACGUAGUCGCCAAUGGAAGUGUGUGCUGUUAUCCAGUAUGUAUGGGCACCUGUUCCCUGCACUGAAAGCCUGACUAUUGGGACGUCACUUCCAAAACUAUGCUGAGGUGGAGCAGGAUGUGUGACAAUUCCUUACAUCGCAGGGCACCGAGUUUUACCGGAGCGGUUUCUUCAAACGGAUUGCACGCUACGACAAAUAUCUCAAAGUUGGUGGCGACUAUGUGCAAAGAUAGUGCAAGGUGUAUAGUUUAUAAUGCCAUGGUGUUUUUAUUUUUUUUGCAAUAAAGUUUUCGCGUGAAAACAAAUGAGGGAACUUACUUUCAGAAAGUUCCUCUUACAUGGGAGCUGAGAAGUUUUUCUCAGCAAUAAAAGAUGAUAUCGCAAUUCUGUAAACUGCACCUAAUACUAUUGCAUGUAAAGCGGACACAACUGAUGUAACACGUUGCUUUGAAGUAUGCCGCUAAUUUAAAAGUAGGACUUUUGCGGAACCCUCGUAAACAUUGUAACAAUUUUACGUAAGCGUUCAUACAUCAAAUUUGUCUGCUCUAAAUGCUCCAACAGGUGUAGUUUACUAAGUUGCAAUAUCUGUUUUUGGUGCAGAGUCAAUGGAUUUGUAAGCGUCAUGUUUCAAUUUUUUUUAUUUACUGAUUUUUGAUAAUUCUUUAGAAAGCUUGAGGUCCUAAAUCAAGAUCUUGCUUCCUAUAGUAGCUAUAAUUUGACUUUCUUCCUUGAAAACAACAAAUUUCAUUCAAGUUAUUCCAGCAGUUGUCAUCUCGUAGUAGCAUUUCUGAAUUUCACCUGUAAUUUGAAUACGAAAAUUGGAGUUGGCUCCGAGAUGUAGAUUCCUCUUAAACUUUAAAAGCUGCAUAUUAACUGUGGUGCAGCUUGGCCUCUAUUGGACCACGACCCGUCAGCAAAUGCACAGAACAGUUGUAAAACAGGGAGGCCUCCUCGAUCAGUGCCAAAGGUACAUGUUUUUUGGGCUAUAUAAUUCCAAGCAGGAUUGAUGUCUGCCAAACCAAUACAGGCCCUUCUUGGCAUUUUAGAAACGUGUUACCCAAGCUCAAAGAAAUAGUUUCAUAUUUUUAUGUUACCUUUAUUUUUUUCUUUAAGCACACUAGCUUCUACAUGAAAAGGCUUCUACCGAAAACAGAUUGUGGUACAAUGAACGCUUCCAACUGUCUGACAUGCCAACAAUGCUUUGCAUCCAACAACUUCUGUAAAACAUGCGUUUUUGUAUUCCCCCCCUCCUCCUGGCUUCCAUCUUUUUAGUUUUUAGGUGACGGAUAUCUUAUAGAUGCUGCACUAUACGUCUGUCUGCAUUCUGCACUGAUGGUGAUAGCUUUUUGAGAUCACGCUGUCCUGGCUAGACCUAUUGGCGCUGCACCUAAAUUACGUGGUCAGGUGCAGCAAUGCAUGUCGGGUAUGUUUGAUGAUCGCAAGUUGUUAUACUGAGGCAUUUGCCACUGCAGUCAUCUUAUUGCACGUGAUUUCGCAGAACUGAGUGAUCAGAUGCACAUCAUUAAGCUGGAUUCUGUGAUUAAAAAUACAUGUUAAGGAACUUUCUGGUUCGGUUUAUCAUAGGUUCAGCAUGCUUCUGCUAUGGUGAAUUAUGAACAGAUUUCAAAGGUCUCUCUAUUUUUGUCUAAGGGCGUACAAUCUACUGACAUGGACAAAUGAAGCCCUAACAGGAAAAUUCAAAAUCAGAAGAUUGCAUUUGAGGUCGGGGACAUAUUAAUGAGUUUGGUUGGAACUUCGACAUGCGAUGGGACUAUUGUCUGUGAUGGAGAAGGCGUUCAACCUAUGUAUGGAAAUCCUUCAAAGAAAUUUUGGCAUGUUUAAAAUUCGUCUUCGGAUUUUCCUGUUUGUGUUUCCUUUGUCCAGGACGGUACUGUGAGCUGGCGAAAGCCCAAUUGUGUGAAACUCAUGUUUGACAAGCUGCAUUUGAAUCUCAAAUGCAUCGAUGCAGGCAUGUAUUCAUUGCUCAGUUUACUGUUACUUGUUUAUUUUCGUAUUUCUUGAGGAUUUGUAACACUGCUGCAGUGUUCUAAACGUACUGAACAAUUUUACUAUAUAUAUAUAUAUAUAUAUGCCUGUUUUGUGUGCGUAUGUGCUGUAUUGGAGUUGAUUUUGGUAAUGAAACUGGGCCAAUCUUGAGAGACUACACCAAUGACUAUGUGCAUGAUGUUUUUGCAACACCGAUUUCAGCACUGUUAUGUUGUUCAACGUGGAUGCUGUACAACACUGCCUGUUCGAAUAUUGAUUUUUUUUAAGCACUUCAUUCCUUUUUUGGACUCUAUUGUUUUUGAGGUUGUACAUCCCAGUUGUGUUGACUGAAACUCAUUUCAAGGGGUCUUCUGUUGGUUCCUAUGCCAGAAUUGUGUGAAUGAGCACACCAAACUGCAUGUGCUGGUGUGUUGAAAAAUGUGAGACAUGUCUGAGGUAUGAAUGUGCAAUAAAUGUGAUCUUUCAUUGCCUCUCA